UGGAAGCAAGCAGCAGACUUUUGAAGCCUCGAUUUUUCACUUGCUUUGGAGUCUGGAGAGUGGUUUACAGGUUGUUAGUUGUUUGCAGCAAAAUUGUGGAAUGGCGAGUGUGCCGUCUCCGUCGUCUCCUCCAGCCUCACCGUCUUUUGCUUCCAGCUCCGACAACUCCGCCACUGAACCCAUCCCUCACUCUCCUCCAAAUCCACAGGUUGAUGCUGGGGUCAACAAUGGGGUUCUCAAUGUCGACGAGAAAAAGCCUGAUAUUUCUGCAUAUUUUGAUGAUCUUCACAGUGCCAACAUUGAAAAGUUCAAGAAAUAUGAAGCUGACUACAGUCGUUGGUUGACUGCAAAAUACUUCUCAAAGAAGAAUCUGUAUGGAGGCAACAUCUUUGAUGAAGAUAUGACAAUCCAGGAUGAGAUUAUUAAGUCAAGCAGGUGGCCUUGUACCCGAUCAUAUGCAGACCCAGUGCAGGGUUUUGAAGAACAGAGCAACAGCUGUUCAACUUCUACUAUAGCCGAGUCCCCAUCUAACAUCUCAAAUGGGAAGCACCUAGCAAAGAAGAACAGUUGAUGAUAGUUUUUGUCGAUUUUCUAGGACCUACAUAUGUCAUAUUUUGUACACAAAUAAACGUGUUGAAUGAUGAUGGGUGCUAACUUAUUACUGAAUUACAUGAACCCAAGAUUUUGGAAA